AUGGCGCAGGCGUCUUCAAUGGGCCCUCCUCUAUCUCCGCGUGAAACCAGACGCUCUGGUCGACGUUCAGCUCCCUCUGCUUCUGCUAGUGCCUCCAAAUCUCCCGAUUCAGACCAACCCCCUCGAGACAAAGUUGCGUCUUCCAGAGGCAGUCAGUCUUCCGCCACCAUACGAAACACUAGAAAGCUCAAAUUGGAAGAGUGGGAAGAUGCUAUAGAUGUUCCAUAUCCUCCUUCUGCAGGAGCGAGUGCGUCAGGGUCGAAUAAUGGGAGCAACAAAGCUAAAAGAAAGGCCAAGGACAAGGAUAAAAGCAAGACUUUCACAAGUAACAGUGCAGAGGAUGUCGAAACUGCCUCAGUGGAUGGCCAAGCUCAGGAUUUGCCUGAAGAGGAGGAAGAACAAGGCAUUACACGAUGUGUUUGUGGUAGCGCUGAGGAUGAUCCGGACGCCGGCGAGUUCAUGGUGCAAUGCGAAACUUGCAAAGUUUGGCAGCAUGGUCUAUGCAUGGGUUAUCAAUCCGAAGACCAAGUCCACGACGAUGAUUACUAUUGCGAAUUAUGUCGGCCUGAAUUGCAUGUUGAACUUCUGAAGAAACUUGCCAACAAGAGACCUCGACAGACUUCGGCAGCAUCACGCCAGGAUCCUUCAGCAAAUUCGCGCGUUUCCCGGUCGCAUUCCCCUUCUCAUUUAUUGAAGCAACAGUCGAAGCGUAGAAAUACGAUGAACAGCAGGGAUGCGGCUUUCGAUGAAAGUUUGAAGGAAAUAAUUGAAGCAACUGCCGCAGAGGCAGCUGCAGCUGAGCCCACGUCCACCAACGAUACCAACGUCAUCCCCUCAGAAAGCAGUGAAGCCUCCAAAAGGAAAAGAAAACGUACUGAAGAUGACACUAUCAUGAAAAAGCGCACUCGUUCAGCUUCUACAACCUCGGAGGUCCAAAGCGAGACUGCGCCCCCACCCGACCUAGCCGUCACAGACAAGGCCGUAUCAACAAAAAAUUCUGGGAAUAAGAACAAAAGAGGAGGAGCACGAAAGCCGGUUACGGUGGACAGUGCUUCCGCCGAGGCUGACGAUGCCAUUCCCACUGGCAAGCGACCUACAAACAAUCCGCGCAGUAGAAAUCUUGCCACUGCCAAACGACCUCCCCUCUCGCAUUCAAUCUCUCAUGGAUCUGGCGCACUCGCUCACGAACAUGGAACCAGGCGAAACCAAAUAGGCACUGGAGGAGCGUCAACAGGAAUCAGUGCAGCAGAUGCCCGUGCCUAUCGAAAUUCCCAUGCAUAUGCUGUCUCCCAGCAAACCCUAUUCACUUCGUGGAAUCUUCCCGAUUAUCUUUCGCAUCUCGAACCGAUGCUACCAACGCAUAUUCCCCAACCUUUGGAGGUGCGAUCGGGCACCUCUGGCGUUACCCCAGGUUCUAGGGGACAGAGUGCCGAACUGACUAUGGAACGUGGGGUGAAAGUCAAAUGGCCAGCGAAGCGCAUGAGUGUUGGUGACAUGAACAAACGCGUGCGCGCUUUAGUGGAGUGGGUAGGCAGAGAGCAGGCAAAUGCUCUUGAUCGAGGUCGUAGAAGAGAGGCAUUGGAGGCAUCCUUACGUGAGCAACAAAACAACAGUAACAACAUGGUUGAGGAAGGCGAAGAUAUUUUGAUGUUAAGUGAUCCACCAGGUUCAACUGGGGCCCCACAAACUGCAAAAAUUGCUGUUGAACCCAUGCUAAUGUCGGAAAGCGCCUUGGAGAUGUCGGCACAAACAAUGAAGAUGAUGGAAGAGCUAAUGGAAGAACUAAUUGGUUUCCAGGAAAGGUUUGGGCCGGGCGCUAAGAGUCGAGAUCGCGAACGAAGAAUAGCGACAUAG